AUGUGGGCUACCGCUCCACUGCCGUAUUACUCGGCCUACAAGCCUACCCGGAGGAAGGACAGAGGCAGCGUCAGCAACAAAGAUACGACGUUGCCAACCUCUGUCAACGAUCAAGUUCCCCUUCCUCUUCUCUCAACUCAGCCCAACCCCAAUAACAUUCCGUCGGAUCUGUUUGAACCUGCUCUUGAUGGACCGCCGUCGCCAGAGAGGAUCCGUGCCUUGAGCAAGCAGAUGAAGAGGGCCUCGGCCUUGGACAAGCACAAGAGCAACGUCACAACGUCCUCAGGCUCGUCGUCCUCGCUGCGCUCAAUAACCUCGGAACGUCGUCCGUCGUGGGAACACACCCUGGAAACCAUCACUUUGUCUAGGAAGUCUUCUGGCCGGUCAACUUCUAGCAGCAUGCCGUCUCGAGAACGCCCCGAGAGCGUCCAGCUCUUCGGCAAGACCAUCUUCAACCGAAGAGCCAAGCUGAAGCGGGAAAGCAGCAGCAACUCCUCUGGAAGUUCUCUGUAUUCUGGUGAGCUUGUAUUGGAUGGUCCGCCCUCGGCAAACAAGGAUCAUCUCAUCCCGUCCAUCUUCGGUCGUCGACGACAGACUCUAAGACAAGAUGAACUUGCAGACGACCCUACCCUCGGCAGGAAACUGCAAAUAUCGGGCCCGUACAACUUCCAACACGUCACCCACACCAAACGCGACCAUCUACCGGACCUUCAAAGAGGUAGCCGCGCUGAACUUGUUUCCGAAUUCUCGGCUAUCCGCGCUGGCCAACGCCCGACCACCGGCACAUUGAAGGGGAUCGAUGUUGAGGAUUUGCACUUCUCUAACUUUUCAUCCGAAGCGUUGCAUAUGUCACGAGAGGAUGUUCUAUCCAAUGAGACCCACCCCGAACUGUUUCUGAACCGUCCGCCGGUCAUCACCCACCAGACUGGCCCAACUUCGGCGCCGCGGAGGCUGAUCAAGCACACUCGAUCCCAGGAACAACUGCGUUCGAGCCCGCCCCGGCCAGCGCCACCGCGGCCUCCUAGGUCACCGAUUGACGAGGAGGCAAUUCUCUCUGACAUCCCAGCCCCUCCUAUUCCACCGCCCAGGAAGUCGAGUCGCAUCUCGGUCAAACACGACAUCCUGAAUGCCAUGGAGGAUGUCGACACCCAGGAACGGCCCAAAACCGGGGACAGUUUUCAGCACCCUGCCCUCCAGGCACCAAUUGAGUUCCCGGAGCCCCCAGCAACUGCUCAUGGAUACUUCCCUUCUGACGUCGCCGGCGCGGAGGCUUACGCGGAUCUCCGGUUCUCCCACGCCAUCACGACUCCUGACGAUGCCGCUUGGCCCCUCACUGCCAGCUCAACCUGUUCAUAUGACAUGGCCCUGCCCGACGUUCCGGAGGAGGAGGAAGCGUAUCCCAUGGGACGUCGUUCCCGCGCCAGCCUAAUCAGCACCAAUUCGUCAUUGAGGGGCAGCCACUCUGUACCAGUUUUGCGGCAACUGGCGCAAACGCAACAAGAUGACUCGCAGAGACCACCAAGUGGCGCGUCAGACACAUUGGGCAGUUUCGACAUGUUUGGCAUCCAGUCUGCGUUAACAGAGGCUUUGGAGGAAGAUGAGAUGGCAGACAUACUACACCGUGCAAGCUGGGAAGACGACAUCGAUUACUGUUACGAGCAUGAAGUUGAGGCUGAUUGCGACUAUGCCUGGGAUCGACCUUCGCUGGAAGUGAUCAGGGAAGACGUUGUACAAACUCCUCUCGACACCGAGAACGUGUUCGUGGCGCCGUUGUCAGCUGGUUUGAAGCCAGCACCAACAACUAACUCGGACAUCCCGGCCCUCAGUCCUUCAAGCCCGACUUCUACGGCAAAUGGGCACGAGGCCAUAACCCCCACGAUCCCUACGCUGCCGGUGCGAUCCAACUUCUCCCACCCCAGGAUGGAGACCAACUACCGCGGCCAGUCUCAUCUUCACGUCAGAACUGCUUCUCAUGCGUCGAGCUUCAAGGAGUCUCACGGCUUUCACCUGUCACCAUCCCUUCUCAUUCCUGGAGAUUUCCGGCAGCAGAUGCUCGCCGAGUCGGACGCCGAUGAGUAUCCUGCAGAAAUCCCCAGGCAGCACAUUAGGAACUUCUCGUUCGAAACCGAGCCUACCAUGUCGAUAGAGACUCCCGGGCUGUUUGUUCCAGACCGCGCGAGCACUUCCACGACGGGCAGCAACUCUUCAGGGCAGACAAGCUCGACCGAAGCACGCCACGCUUCCACCAACUCGACCUGGACAGCUCUGACACGAUACACCGGAAGCACAACCUUCGAGGGAUGGAACCCGAAGGCUGAAGGCAUCGAUCACUCGCGCUCGAUCAGCGUCGACGACUUCCCCGGUCUGGAGUCACCCAAGGGACGGACGUCUAUCAUGACGCCGCUGCCCGAGUCCGACGAGGUGCUCACGACGUCUCACUCUACUGGGGACAUGCGUACAGUCUCCGAGGGCCACAAAGCAAACCUCUCCCGCGAGAACUUCUCGACGAAAGAGCCGAUCAAGCAGCAUCGGCGCCAACGUGCCCGAACCACGAGCUUGAGCACUCCGCCCCCGCCGGGCCAAUAUGCGCUUUUCCCGCCGGUCUACUCUGGUAGCCGAAUCUAA